AUCUUGAUGAUAAUCCUCUUGGUGCGUAUCGUUGGGAACUCCGACGACCAUGUGACACCUACCCAUCUACAAUGAAUAUUGAAAAAUCUCGGAUCAAUAGGAUUUCAAAAUUUGGCGAAGAAUGGCCAAGUAUCGCGACAAUCGUGUAUAUAACACAAGGCAAACAAUACGAUUAUUCGAAGACCGGGAUCGCAAACGUGACAUCGUCGCGGAAGUUGCACGAACGAUUCCUUGGAACGAAACGUGGAGUAGCUCCUCACAUUCUUCUUACACAUCCCAAUUGUUCGUAAUCUCUCCGACAGUAAAAAGCAUCACGCCUAUACCUCCAAAUGCUCCUAUCAAACCGAGGAAACUUUUCUCGAAAGAGGGUUUGAAACCUAAAAAGCUUCGCUUUACAGACGAAGAGAAAGAUGAAGCAGAAAACGAACAUAAUUCUGAAAAAAGCGUAGAUUUGUCGACAAUGUUCAAAUGGAAAAAAGAAUUUUUGAAAAAACAAGGAGAAUCAGGAAGAUUAGAUCACGAAAACUUGAAUACCAUGUUGCAAAGUAUGCGACUUGAGCUAGAAAAUAAAGAGAAUAGGCAAUAUGGACAGGAACAACAUGAAAGGAAAGCGAGUAGUAAUCGUUCUAUUGCAAAGGAACGUGCGAGAAAUAAUAAUAAUAAUUCUUCUCAAUCGUCAAAAUUAAACUGCAGUCCGAAAGUAUUGCAAUAUACGGAUACAAUAAGUACGGAUAUAAAAAUGAGUAAAGAAGAUACAUUAUUAUGGUUACAAUCGCAAAGAGACAUAGGUAUAUUCAUCCAAUGCUGUAGGAAAACUUGCAAAAAAUGGCGAUAUUGUGACGAUUUCCAUGAUCCUGUAGAUGUACCAAAACUUUGGUAUUGUAAAAUGAACUCAAAUAAAACUAUUGCUUCUUGUCUCAUACCGGAAGUGCCAAAAACGGAGACAGUAGAAGAAGACUUAAUAGAAAAUAAAUAUAAUUGCGGAAGUCUUGUAUGGGCUCAUAUGCAUAAUUAUCCAUGGUGGCCCGCAAUCGUAGACGAUUGCCCUGAAAACUUACGAUAUUAUGAAUUAAAAGAAUCAUCAAUAAUCCCUGUAAAAUAUCAUGUGACAUUCUUUAAAGAUGAUAUUAUUCAACAUGCUUGGCUUAAUCCUAGAAGUAUCAAAGCUUUCGCAAAAUAUAAGAAAGGCACUAUUAUGAAAAAGAAUAAAUUUUAUAAAAUGAACGAUAAGAAACCGCUAGAAAAAGCUUAUACUUUGGCACAAAGCGCAAUUCCAUUAUCGAUAUUCGAAAGAUUGCAAAGAUUUAGUUAUAUUUCGCGCCUGAAGAAUAUGCGAGAAUCUGUAAGUCAAUUCGAUGAGGAGGAAGAUAAUGAAAUUCUCCCUACACCACCUCCAAAACGUAUAACUUUAAAGGAGUUUUGUUUAAAAAAUAGACGUUACACGGAAAACAAGUUUUUAUAA